AUGGCUGCUGUUGCCGUUGCCGAUAAUUCUGCCAAUACCAUCGGCUCUGGCGCUGCCCCAGGAAUAGCCAACGACGGCACUGGUGUUAUCCAGUUGGAUCCUUGGCUAGAACCCUUCAAGGAUGCUUUCAAGCGAAGAUACGCAAAAGCUCAAGAAUGGAUCAAAAAGAUUGACGAAACCGAGGGCGGCCUUAACAAGUUCUCAAAGGGUACCGAGAUCUUUGGCUUCAAUGUUGACAAGGAUAACAAUAUCAUAUAUCGAGAAUGGGCGCCCAACGCCAUUGAAGCUUUCUUGAUUGGAGACUUCAACGGAUGGAACAGAGGCUCCCACCCCAUGAAGAAGAACAAUUUUGGAGUAUGGGAAAUCACCGUACCAGCCGUGGACGGACAACCAGCUAUCCCACACAACUCCAAGAUAAAGAUAUCCAUGACAACCCCCUCCCACGAGCGAAUUGAUCGACUGCCGGCUUGGAUUAAAUAUGUCACUCAGGAUCUCUCCGUCUCGCCCGCUUACGAUGCUCGCUUCUGGAAUCCUCCCGAGUCUGAGAAGUAUGUAUUUAAGAAUCCGAGGCCGAAGAGGCCGUUGAGUGCUCGCGUUUACGAAGCGCAUGUUGGUAUCUCCUCGCCCGAGCAGCGAGUCACGACUUUCAAAGAGUUCACCAAGAACAUGCUUCCCAGAAUAAAAAGUUUGGGAUACAACGUUAUCCAACUCAUGGCCAUCAUGGAGCAUGCCUAUUAUGCUAGCUUUGGCUACCAGGUAAACAACUUCUUCGCUGCUAGCAGUCGGUAUGGCACGCCCGAGGAUCUCAAGGAACUGCUCGAUACCGCCCACGGCCUCGGCUUAGUUGUCCUUCUUGACGUCGUGCACAGCCACGCUUCCAAGAACGUGCUUGAUGGCCUGAACGAAUUUGACGGCUCAGAUCACCUUUACUUCCAUGAAGGUGGGAAGGGUAGACAUGAGCUGUGGGAUUCAAGGCUUUUCAACUAUGGCAGUCAUGAGGUCUUGAGAUUCCUGCUCAGUAAUCUGAGAUUUUGGAUGGACGAAUACCAGUUCGAUGGUUUCCGUUUUGACGGAGUCACGAGCAUGUUAUACCAUCACCAUGGUAUUGGAACGGGAUUCUCUGGUGGAUAUCAUGAGUAUUUUGGCCCCGACGUUGACGAGGAAGCCGUGGUCUAUCUAAUGAUUGCGAAUGAGAUGCUUCACGACCUUUACCCUGAGACCAUUACUAUUGCAGAAGACGUCUCUGGCAUGCCAGCUCUUUGCUUGCCGUUGUCGCUCGGUGGCGUCGGGUUCGACUACCGAUUAGCGAUGGCUAUCCCAGAUAUGUGGAUCAAGAUCCUAAAAGAGAAGAAGGACGAAGACUGGGACAUAUCCAACAUCUGCUGGACUCUAACUAACAGAAGACAUGGCGAGAAGACCAUCGCCUAUUGUGAAAGUCAUGAUCAAGCUCUCGUGGGCGACAAGACCUUAAUGAUGCAUCUUUGCGACGCGGAGUUGUACACUAACAUGUCAACGCUCUCGCCUCUGACUCCUGUCAUCUCCCGGGGCAUGGCGUUACAUAAGAUGAUCAGACUGUUAACUCAUGGCUUGGGCGGUGAGGGUUACCUUAACUUUGAGGGCAAUGAAUUUGGUCACCCAGAAUGGCUCGACUUCCCUCGUGAAGGUAACCAGAACUCAUUCUGGUACGCGCGGCGCCAACUUAAUCUGACCGAAGACCAUCUUCUCCGUUACAAGGCCCUCAAUGAGUUUGAUCGUCAGAUGAACUUGACGGAGGAUCAUUACGGGUGGCUACACGCACCGCAGGCGUACAUCAGCCUUAAGAACGAGAGUGAUAAGGUCAUUGUAUUUGAGCGUGCCGGCUGCGUUUUUAUCUUCAACUUCCACCCCACCCAGAGCUUUGCCGACUAUAGAAUCGGUAUAGAUGUUCCGGGUACAUACAAGAUUGUACUCGACACGGAUACCAAGGAGGUCGGCGGCUUCGAGCGGAAUGACCACAAUGCCCGGUUCUUCACUACCCCGAUGGAGUGGAAUGGCCGCCCGAAUUGGACUCAUAUAUACAUUCCCAGUCGCACCGCUCUGGUAAGUCACCUCCCUAUAUAA